CAUUGAUGUUGUUUCAUUUCCUGGUUCGCUUACAUGGCUUUAAUCACGAGCUCCACGACCAGGAAACACAACAUUCUACUUUCGUUAUUCAAAACAACGCUAAUAAAAACCCUAAUGUUUGUCCCUUGGCACAUACACUAAUGGCAGAGCGCAAGAGAAAGCAUCCGUCACACAAUGGCGACCAUAAUACAAAAAACAAACGCGGAAGUGAAAGCGAAUUAGACGAGAAAACCAAACAACACGUGAUUAAUGUGACGGAAGAAAGUCGUUAUUUCAAAGGGGCUCAAACUAACCUGCAUCGUCGACUUGGAGAGGAUUUCUUCAGGCAGCCUUGCAUCAGUUUGGCUAAAGCUUUGCUCGGGAAGGUGCUGGUCCGCAGAUGUGAGGAUGGCACGGAGCUGAGAGGCCGAGUGGUGGAGACGGAGGCAUACCUGGGAGGCGAGGACAAAGCGUCACACUCUGCAGGGGGCAAACGCACAGAGAGAAACACGGCCAUGUUUAUGAAGCCUGGCACCAUCUAUGUGUAUUCCAUUUAUGGCGUCUACCUCUGUAUGAACAUCUCGAGCGAAGGUGAUGGUGCUGCAGUGCUUCUUCGCUCCCUGGAGCCCCUGCAUGGCCACGCCGUCAUGAGGCAACUUCGGGCAUCCAAACGGAAAAACGAGGCCCGGCCGCUCAAGGACAAAGAGCUGUGCAACGGUCCCUCGAAACUAUGCCAGGCUCUCGAUGUCCAACGCCGCUUUGACCGUCAGGAUCUGGCAUCCGACUCGGAAGUAUGGCUGGAAGACACACAUUCCACCGCUACAGAAGAUCACAAUAUCGUGUCGGCCCCGCGCGUUGGCAUCGAGUCACACGGGGAGUGGGCCAAGAAGCCGCUGAGGUUUUAUCUCCGUGGAAACGCUUGUGUUAGCGUUGUGAAUAAAGAGGCGGAAAGACUUGGAGACCUGAAGGAGACAAUGCAGUAAAUCACUGAGUGAUGACCGUACAUAUGACAACACUACAAACACACAAUAUUAUACUCUAACUCCUACAAUUAAUGUCAUAACAAGAUAAACUGGACAGUGGAAAAAAACAAAACAAUUACGCACUCAUGACUGUUAAGCUCAGACCUUCUUUUUUUUU